UGUUGGGCUCUUAUGAACGCGAUGGCGGCUCACGCUAGCGAGCUUGAAAUUGCAAAGAAAAAUUUAACCGAUGCAAUUGGCGAUAACGUCAAGCAUUACUGGGCAAACCUAAAGCUGUGGUUCAAGCAGAAGAUCAGUAAGGAGGAGUUUGAUGUUGAGGCACGUCGUCUAUUGGCACAGGAGAAUGUCCAUGUCCACAAUGAUUUUCUUCUGGCCAUUCUCACACGCUGCCAGAUCAUCGUCUCCACACCAGAGGGCGCCGGUCAGCUACAGUGGCAAGGUGGCUCUGCUUCAAAGCCUGGCAAACCAAAGGGAAAGAAGAAAUGUUCCUCUAGACAGAAAUUUGAUCAUCGUUUCCAGCCUCAGAACCCUCUGAGCGCUGCCCAGCCUUUCAGCCCGCGGGAGGUUGGAGGUGAGGAAGAGGAGCUGCGUCUCAGCGCCCACACUCUGCUCUUACCCACGCGGGGCCAGCUGGAGGCCCGCAUGAUGGUGACUGCGUUUGAGCUGGGCCUGGAUAACAUCACAGAAGAAGCCGUCAGCAGCAUGAUCCAUGCCGUUGAGCACCACUUGAAAGACGUCCUGACUGCCGUCAUCACCCGGAGGAAGGCAUAUAGGUUACGAGAUGGUCGUUUUCCCUACGCCUUUGGCAGUGAUGUCACACCACAGCCUUAUCUGAAAAACAGCCUCGCUGCGUACCACAGUGUUACAGAAUGUCCCCCUCCAAGUGCCUCCCUCGCUGCUGGUCCACCUCCUCAAGUGUCACCUGAUGAGGCAGAGCAACAAGCUGUUCACUUAUUGGCUUGCUCUGCUGACAGCCUCCCCGCGCCCCUCCCUCCAAUCAGCAUGUUUGAUCUCCUGGAAGCUUUACAGGUUCACCACGGUGUGAUGCCCUCCCACACUAUGUACGCCCUGAACAUGGAGCGCAUCCUGGCACGGCUCUGGCACCCGAGCCAUGAAGAACUAGAGCAGGACCACAUACACCGGCAGCGCCUCGCUGUAAAAGAGGGAGUGCUCGUCAGCUGAGAACCGCUGACGCAGGACUUUACAUGGACCGCAGCUAUCAUCAGGAACCAAACACAAAAAGAAAUGGAUGAGGAGCAGUGUGUCCAAAAAAACUCAAUGCCUUUUUAUAAUCAUAUCCCUGUUUCACAAAGAGAUAAAGCAUGAGUGGAACAAGAUGAAACAAAGCAGUUGGACAGUGGAUCCAGAGUGCACCCUCAACUCCAGCCAGCAGCCAAUAGCUGGCAAUUUAUUUUUGUCUCUUCCAAUAGCCAUUUUGGCAGUCGACCAGUCACUAUUUGGAUCUCCUGCUAUAGAGCGAUAAACUGAUUUGGUGGCAAAAUAUUGAAAGUAUUUAGUUUAGAUAUACCAGCGGCUACAAGCACCAGACUGGAAGAAAGUUUCCCGGGCAAGCAGCGUUCAUUUUUCACUGUCAGAUAUAGGCAACGACUGUUUAAGGCACAGUUCACCCCAGAAUUUAAAAAUACAUGUUUUUCCUCUCACCUGUAGUGCUAUUUAUCAGUUUAGAUCGUACAAGAUGCUGAGUGUUGGAGAUUUCAGCCAAAGAGAUGUCUGUCUUCUCUCCUACAUAUGGAACUAGAUGGCACUUUAGCAGUUUUGCUUCACUGGAAAGCCGAUGACGCUGCCAAAGAGCUCUUUGUCUGGCUUCUGAGCACUUCUGCCUCCUGUCUGAAGAAGGUGCU